AUGGGUGAAAAGGAAGACUAUUUGACAUCAUACAGAGUGUUUUUUGAAAAUUUUGCCGCUACUGUUAAUCCGGAAGAUCAGUUGCCCGUCAAUAUUGCUGGGUAUACUAUCACGGAAUCAGAGUUACCGGGCGAAGUUCUUUAUUGGAUAACACAAUAUCUAAGCGAAAAACAAUGUCCGCUGACACUGAUGACUCCGCUGCGGCGGAUCAUACUUGACGAGGUGCAAGUAGCAUCGAAAAAGACGCCCAACGAGUUUGGAUACAAAUCUGACGAAUCAGUGUAUAUAGCCCUCCGAUUAAUGCAAGCUGUGACAGCCCGUGUAAACGAUGUCUGCCUCCGGUACUUAGACAAUGCCCGUUUGGACACAUUACCGCCCCCUCCGCCUCUUGCUCAAAGAGACCUGAAGACUGUCUCCUGUGCCACAAAGAAUUCCCGCAGAGUCAUGGAAGAUAGACAUGUGGAGAUUGGAAAUUUAGAAGCAUUGUUCGGUAUUGAGACUACGGAACCUACAAGUUUUUAUGCAGUUUAUGACGGUCACGCUGGGUCAGCGGCGGCAACGUACUGCGCAGCUCAUUUACACCAGUACGUAGUGGAAAGUCCGCACUUCACUACAGAUUUAAGAAGAGCUAUGCGUGACGCCUAUCUCAGAACAGACAACGAAUUUAUUAGGAAGAGUAAUCAGGAGCGUGCGUGUGGUGGCAGUACAGCAGUAACUGUAGCAGUUCGUGGGCGGCGCCUGCUGGCGGCGUGGGCGGGAGACUCGUUGGCUUUACUCGCCAAACGCAUGCGUCUUAUGCAGCUCGUCAGACCGCACAAGCCUGGCCGACAGGAUGAACGGGAUAGAAUAGAAAAGUCAGGUGGCACAGUGAUGUUCUGGGGUACCUGGCGGGUUAAUGGACAGUUGGCUGUUUCAAGAGCUAUUGGUGAUGCACAAUACAAACCUUACGUGACGGCGCGGCCUGAAAUUGCGACGGUGGAGUUAGACGGAGAUGAGGACUUUGUAGUGGUAGCCUGCGAUGGACUCUGGGACUUUGUGAGUGAAGAUGACGUGGCAUUAUCUGUGUACCGACAAAUUGCUGCGGAUCCUGGUAAGUGUAAAUUUUCUAUGAUUAUUACAACAUAA